AGUAAAAAACUCAAUUUUGUCAUUCAGAAUUUUUUCACAGUUCAAUUUAGUCUUUUUUUCAAAAUAAUGACCAAAUUAUACAAGAGGAACAAAUUAGUCUAGUUUUAUUUUGUCAGACUAAAUUGGAUUGCGAGAAAAUUGUAGAACCAAAUUGGGUCUUCACUCUGAAUAUUAGUCCACUGAUAAGCUGAGGCACAACACUUGGACAUGCUAAAUUCCUAGGUUGCUUUCUCUCCCUAUUUUGUUUAACACUUCUUGCUUGGUUUCUUUACAGAUUCAUUCAAACCAAAACCUAUGAAGCUCAUCAACAUAAAUGGGUUCACUCUAGAAUUGCUUCGAAAGUAUAAUUUUUUUUUGUGCUUACUGUCAAGAAGGCCUUGUUAUGUUUAAAUCAAAGGGAACUAUUGGAAAGUAUGCAAGCAGCGAGAUUCGAGCCAAAAGUCGAAUUCCUCAAUGCUUCUCUUAUUCCAUAUAUUUUCCCUGUUAUAGCAGCUGCACACAAGACACUUGUAGCCAAGUCGCAAGACUCUUUGACCACACACACUCUUCAGUCAGAGCUCGUUUACAACUACUCAGGGUCCAAACAUAUUACUGAAUCUUUAAAAAGAUGUGGCAUCUCUGGAAGCACAAUUUAUAUCCUUGCUGCUCGAUUUGAUGCUUCUCCUGAUGAGAUAAAAGCCAUAGAGAAACUCGUCAUUGGAAAAGAGAUCGACCUGGAGGAGCUGGAACGGAGAGCAAACCAAUCCCAGAUACAAAAGAUAUCUGCCUCGGAACUUGAAGUAUCAUCACUUGCUGAAUGCUGAUGCAACUUGCCGAAUAGCUGCUCGACUGCUCGUGAUGCCUUGUAGAAGAAUGAUUGUGAUCUUCUUGUAUGCUUAUCUCCUAGCCUUUUUGUGUAAGAAUGAUUUAGAUUUAUUUGAUCUAUCAUUAAACAUCAUUUAUGACGAGACAUUAUGACAUCAUUUGAUCUAAGAAGUUUGACUUCCAUCUUGUUGUGAAGUGUAGUCUAUUUAUAGCUGAAAAAGAACACCAAGUGUAAGAGUAAGAGUUAAAAUCACAAUUCACAAGUGGAUAGACUUGUGCUUUUCUA